AAGUUUAAAAAUGCGGAAAAGAAGAUGGAUCAGAGGAAAGCAAAGGAAGUAUGAGCCACACCUUCUCGUCUCCCUUCUCCCUCGAUCUCUCACUGCAACUGAUACGGCUGCUACUUGUACUCCCCCUCCUUCCCAUUUCCAUUGCCGGUUUCUACCCCGCUGACCACUUCCUCCUCGCCUGCGGAGCCCCCGGCCCCGUAGCUCUUCCCGACGGUCGUGUCUUCCUCCCCGAUUCCUCCCUCUCCUCCUCCUCCUCCUCCUCCCUCUCCUAUUCUUCCUCCACUUCCAUCCCCCCUCUCUACCGCAGUGCUCGCGCCUUCCCCCGCGCCUCCUCCUACCUCUUCCCGCUCCACCCCUCCGACGCCCGGUCUGGCCUCGUCCUGCGCCUCUACUUCCACCCCUUCCCCUCCUCCUCCCUCAACCUCUCCGCCGCCCUCUUCAACGUCUCCGCCGAUGGCACCGCCCUCCUCUCCCUCUUCUCCCCGCCGCAUGGCCUCUCCCACCCCCUUCCCAAGGAGUUCUUCCUCAAGACCGACGCCUCUUCUCUCCGCCUCACCUUCUCCCCUUCUCCCCCCUCCUCCCUAGCCUUCGUCAACGCCAUCGAGCUCUUCUCCGCCCCCGAUCGCUUCGUCUCCGACAUGUUUACCUCGAUCCCUUCCGAUUUCUCCUACUCCGGCUCCCCGCUCUCUGACUACCUGCUGGAAACCCUCUACCGGAUCAAUGUCGGCGGCCCGUUUGUUACCGCGGAGAACGAUACCCUCUGGCGAACAUGGGAACCCGACAACGAAUACCUCCAGACGCCGUCGCGAGCUAAAGCCGUCGCAUUUAACAGCGAAAUCAAGUAUCGACGAGGGGGGGCCUCGCCAGAGACCGCCCCUGAGUUCGUUUAUGGAACUGCUAGGGAGAUUAAUACGGGUAACUCAUCAAAUUCUACAUUGCAUUUCAAUCAUUUCAACAUGAGCUGGAAUUUUCCAGUGCCCAACUCGGUUCAUGGAUACUUCCUUCGAUUGCAUUUCUGCGACAUAAUUAGCACAGCAUUGAAUGAGCUUUUCUUUGAUGUGUAUGUCAAUGGCUAUUCUGCUUGUAAGGAUGUUGAUCUCUCAUCACUAUCCAGAUACACUUUAGCUUCACCAUACUACAUAGACUUUGUUGUUGAGGAUAGAAGCAACAGAGGAGGCAUUACAAUUAGCGUUGGUCCUUCUGCUCGUAGCCCUCCAUGGAAGAUCAAUGCUCUAUUGAACGGCCUGGAGAUUAUGAAGAUAAAUGGGGUCGUUUCGAUAUUGAAGAUCAACAAGAAAAGGAUGCAUGGUGGAACCCUUAUUUGCUCUGUUCUUGGUAGCUUAACCUUUGUUUGUGGAUUAGUGGCCUUGGCUGUAGCUUUAGUUCGCCGGAAGAGAGUGACAGAUCAUAUGCCUCGGCUCCAAGAGGUUGUCACUUGGUCUCCAUCUCCCAUGUGUACUGGGACUGGGAGUUCAUACCCUAGAUUGACAGAAUUAGCAAAUGUCUCCCCAUCCACCAAUCCUAAUCAUCAGUUUAGGGUGCCUUUUGUUGAAAUUGUUUUGGCUACGAAAAAUUUCGAUGAGAAGGCUCUUAUUGGGGCAGGAGGAUUUGGGAAGGUAUACAAAGGUGUUCUUAGAGAUGGAAUCGAUGUCGCUGUAAAGAGAUGCACCCGUGAGUCUCAACAAGGGUUGGGAGAGUUUCAGACAGAGAUUGAGGUCCUAUCAAAGAUUCGACAUCGGCACCUUGUUUCAAUGAUUGGAUAUUGUGAGGAGCAGUCGGAGAUGAUCUUGGUGUAUGAGUUCAUGGAGAAAGGUCCCUUGAGAGACCAUCUUUAUGGUUCAAGAAAGCCAUCUCUGUCUUGGAAACAAAGGCUUGAGAUUUGCAUUGGUUCUGCGAGGGGUCUGCAUUACUUGCACACUGGUUCUGCUCAGGGGAUCAUUCACCGCGACGUUAAGUCCUCCAAUAUCUUGCUGGAUGAGAACUACACCGCCAAAGUUUCAGAUUUCGGUCUGUCAAAGUUAGGCACUCAUAGCAAUCAGACUCAUGUCAGCACCGGGGUUAAGGGAAGCUUUGGCUAUCUUGAUCCUGAGUACUUCAAAAUGCAACAGCUUACUGAUAAGUCUGAUGUGUACUCUUUCGGUGUUGUGCUUCUUGAAGUCUUAUGCGCAAGACCUGUCAUUGAUCAAUCCCUUCCAUGGGAACAGAUAAAUUUAGCUGAGUGGGCAAUGCCAUGGCAAAAGAAACGGCAACUUGAGAGAAUCAUUGAUCCCGCGUUGAAGGGUAAGACUGAUCGGAAGUCAUUGAAGAAAUUCGGCGAGACUGUGGAGAAGUGCUUAGCACAAUAUGGAAUUGAUAGGCCAGCAAUGGGUGAUGUUCUCUGGAAUUUGGAAUAUGCUUUACAACUCCAUGAAAGAGCAGUGCACCAAGAACCACACAAUGAUAGUUCGUCAUUAAAUACACAUCAGGCUGGCACAAGUUCGGUGACAUAGUUCGUCAUCAAAUUCACUUCAGGUUGGCACAAGCAUGAUAACAUCUAAAGAAAACGAGUUCAGGUGAUACAGCAGUUUUUCUUCUCGGUCAAGUGUUCACGUUACUGAUAUUGUGUCUGGCUCCUAUUUGUGUAACUUGCUAUUGCAAAUACUUGCCCCCAAUGAAAUCAAAGUAGUUUUAAUUGCCAAAAUGUAUUAACCCAAGCAUCGAAACUGAAGAUUGAUGAUUUCUUCUCAUCUCAAAAAGGUUGCAUGGUUCAUAGCA